GAUAUUAUUGAUAAAGAAAAAAAAAAGGAACGGGAAGUGUGUGAGGGAGAGAAUUGGGGAAGAUGAAGAUUCUGGUGGCACCUUCCACUCUUCGAUGCUCAAUCUCCUCAACAACUUCACUCAUUCAUACUUUUGAUUCUAAUCGAUUAUUGAUCAACAAAAAUGGCCGAAUUAGUAGCAGCUGCGGAAUCACGCCACAACUUUUUUCUCACUCCAAAUCUCCCUCCCUCUUCUCCGCAACCUCCACCAAUCGCCGCCAUCUUCAUCCUAUCUCCGCCAUGGCUUCAUCCACUCAAGCUCCUUCGCAGAGUGCUUCAUCUGGUGAUUCUACUGCUGACGUCUUUCAACUCAUUAAAGCUCAUCAGGAAAAAGCUGCUAGACUUCCUCCCAUUGAAGAGGUCAAGACUCUCCUUCAUUACAGCAUGCGUGGAGUCCUUUCCACCUUUUCCCAGAAACAUGAUGGCUAUCCAUCAGGAUCAAUGGUUGAUUUUGCAUGUGAUGCCAAUGGAUUCCCCAUAUUAGCAGUCAGCAGUUUAGCAGUUCAUACCAAGGAUCUCAUAGCUAACCCUAAAUGUUCAUUGCUUGUGGCUAAAGAUCCAGAAGAUAGAACAGAUUUAGUUAUAACCAUACAUGGUGAUACUGUUUCUGUUCCCAAUGAGGAAAGAGAUGCUAUACGCACUGCAUACUUAGAAAGACACCCUGAUGCAUUUUGGGUUGACUUUGGCGACUUCCAAUUCUUGCGAAUUGAACCGAAAGUCGUGCGAUUUGUUUCUGGUGUUGCUACAGCUUUGUUAGGAUCAGGAGAAUUCACAAAUGAGGAGUUUAAGGCAGCAAAAGUGGAUCCAAUCUAUAAGUUCUCUAAACCUGUCACGUCUCACAUGAAUAAAGACCAUUCAGAUGAUACAAAACUCAUGGUUCAGCACUCAUUAUCAGUUCCAGUGGACUUUGCAUACAUGUUGGAUCUUGAUAGCCUUGGUUUCAAUGUAAAGGCUGGGUAUCAAGGGAGAAACUUUAAGCUUAGGAUUCCAUUCCCUAGGCGUGCUGAAAAUAGAAAGGAUGUGAAGACACUCAUAGUUGAAAUGCUUCAAGCUGCUCAGUGAACGGAUCAUAGUAACUGAAAGGCUUGUGGAUUUGUUGUUUGAUGCAAGAUGAAUGAUGUAAAAAUGAUAAAGUAGACAAUAAUUGUUUAGGUUAUAGAAAUAUGGAUCAAAAGAUUCUGUUUUGGUGAAAACAAGAAACUCUUGAUGUGAAUUUGUUUUAAGUUAUGUCAACCAAUAAUUCUUGUUUUCAUGUUA